AUGGCUGUGGUGACUAACUUCAUAGGCACUAAUUACCAGGCAGACUUAGCCAACAUUACUUGUGAAAUUGCAAUAAAGCCAAAGCUGAUCGAUGGACUCGAAAACAGUCAGCGAAGGCUGCAGACCCCGAAGAAGCAGUACGAUGAGAAAGUAAUGAUGCUGCAGCGUAAAAUUCGGAAUACUCGGCUCGAAAAAGGUCAAGUGCUUCAGAAUUUAGAAAAGAAAGCCAAAAAAGUUAAAUCUGAAUAUAAUAAGCCGCAGACCAUGAGUAAAGAACUUCAGCGACUCCAGACUGCUCAGAAAGAUCAUGCACAUGUGCUGAAAAGUCAAACUCAAUAUGAAAAACAGCUGAAGAAAUUGCAGCAGGAUGCGACAGAAAUGAAAAAGGCAAAGAGGGACAAGGGCGUCGUCAAGAUGGACAAGAUUACGGUCCCGUCCGUCAAGCUGGUGUUCAUCUUCACGGUCCCCAAUGCGACGACCAAGGACCGCGGCAGUUACGAGUGUGCCGUCGGCCACGUCACCAGGGAGGUGCAGCAGAAGAAGAAGGUCACCAUCGCCGUCCUAGAGAAAGGCUUCGUCUGGCUCCAGCCUGUCUGCGACCCGGUGGAGGCCGUGAACCUGCACGCGAUCUGGCAUUUUGACGUGGACCUGGAGGCCUACCCCCCGCCCAGGGUGUCCUGGCUGAAGAACAAUGAGUCGCUCACCAAGAACACGACUGGGAUCUCCACUAGCCUGCAGAAGACCCAUGAGUACAGGUAUCAGAGCAGGCUGAAGCUGAUCCGUGCAAAGGAGAAAGACAGAGGGCACUACACAAUUGUGGUGCAAAAUGAGGAUGGUAUUGCGAGCUACACUUUUGAGCUUCGGGUUCACGCCUCCAUCUUGGAUCUGGUGGACGACCCCCACGGCUCAGAGGGUCGCCAGACUGUCCUCUUUGUCACCGAAGGGAUCCCGCUACCCGACAUCGACUGGCUGGUUUGCGGGGACAUUAAAAUGUGCAAAAAUGAGACCUUGUGGACCCUCCUGGUCACCGACGCAUCCGACAUCACCAUGGUGGCCCACAGGGGCGACCAGGACACGAUUGAGAGUCAGCUGACCUUCCAGCAGGUGGAGAAGACCCCGUUGGUUCGCUGCCUGGCCAAGAACCACCUCGGGGACGUGACACGGGAGCUGAAGCUCAAGGCCCCCGUCCUGUGCAUUGAGGUGAACCUAGUUGCUACCGUCCUGGUGCCUCUGGUUGUGAUCGUCUCCUUCAUCAUGAUGGGCAUCAGGUGGAAACAGAGGCUGCGCUAUGGUAUCCGAUGGAGGUACCUGGGGUCCAUGAGCCGGAACCGCCGCGAGUCGUUCUGCAUGGAACUGGUGCUGGUCCCCUACGACUCGCGCUGGGAGGUUCCGAAGGACCAGCUGGUACUCGGUCGACUCCUUGGGUCCGGAGCAUUUGGACAGGUGGUUGAAGGCACUGCAAACGGACUGAGCAAGUCCCAGCCCGAGACGAAGGUGGCUGUGAAAAUAUUAGGAUCCACGUCUCGAUACAGCAAGAGGCAGGUCCUCUUGGUGGAGCUGGACAUCAUGAUGCAUCUGGGCCCCCAUCUGAACGUUGCCAACCUCCUGGGAGCCUGCACCCAAUCAGGACGCAUCUACAUCAUCAUGGAGUACUGCCUCUAUGGCGAUCAGGGCGACUACCUGCGCAAGAACCGCAAUAGGUUCCUGGCUGUCUACUCGGAGAAGACGGAGGAAGAGCUGGACACCUUGAGCCCCGACAACAAGAGCACCAUUAAUUACGCCUGUCUCACAUUUGAAAAAAAAAUGGGACGACGCGGAUGUGAUGCAGGAGGUCGGCACGCAGAACGUGUCCAAGUUGGAGAGGAAAAAUGGUCCGAGUACAUGGACUUCCAUAAAUCCCUGUGCCCCGACAAGAAGUCCAUAUCGGGACCACUGGAAAAACCUGAAGUCCUGGACUUCCUGUCAGGUGCCGGUUCAGAAGGCCUUAGCGUGCUGGAUCUGCUGAGCUUUUCCUACCAGGUGUCCCGCGGGAUGGAGUUCUUGGCUUCAAGAAACUGCAUCCACUGGGACCUGGCCGCAUGGAACGUCCUGCUGACCCGAGGGAAGAUCGUGAAGAUCGGCGACUUUGGGCUGGCGAGGAAUCUCAAGCAAAACUGCAGCCACAUGUCUGAGAGCUGCAUACGUAGACAGAUGUUCCUGCCCGUAAAGUGGAUGGCCGCGGAGAGCAUCUUCGACAACGUGUACUACAGGCUGAGUGAUGUCUGGUCUUAUGGGGUCCUGCCGUGGGAGAUCUUCUCUCUUGGGAGCACACCCUACCCAGACAUAACGGUCAGCACCACAUUUUACGAGAAGAUCAAGAGCGGCUAUCGAAUGCCCAAGCCAGAACAUGCCACCAGCGAGGUGUAUAACAUCAUGCUCAAGUGCUGGAACAAGGAGCCCGAGAAGAGACCAUCCUUCUACGAGCUAAGCAAGACAGUGGAGAGCAUGCUGCCCAGCCACUACGAGGAGAGGUACGAGAAAAUCCAACAGGACUUCCUGAAGAGUGACCACUCGGCCGUGGCCGAAAGAGGUGAGAGGGUCAAGCCACACGUGGGUGACACCUGUGAGAACGAGGAGUGGGAGGACAGCUUGGACAAGCGGAGACUCAGCUGCGCCGACAGCGACUACGUCAUCCCCCUAUUGGACUCUGACACCAGUGAGGAGGACGACCUCAGCGAGAGUAAUGGGCACAGACCGGGCAGACACAGUCAAGCCUACAGAUUGGAGGUUUGGGAGAUUUUGCCCAAAUGUAAGCUCCCUUGUCAGAGGCGUGUGACCCUGGCGCAGUCCGCUGAGGUCAAGUGCCUCCCCCCGAGGGGCCAACCGCAAAGGUUACCCCGGGGGCAGCUUUGCAGGGUCGAGGACAUCGACCCGGUGGACAAUGACACCAACAGCGAAUUGUCGGAGCAGUUAAAGGAGCCUCUGGCCUAUGCCAAAAGAGAAGAACAGGGCCUGGCGGAGCGGGGCGGGGGAGGGGGUCAGGAAGUGGGCCUGUCGGAGGGAGCAGAUUCCGUUGCCAUGGGCACCAUUGUUGGUGAGGUGGGGGCGGGGCAGGAGGAAGAUUUUCUGAAGGGGUUGGAGUUUGUCAUCCUCUGCCUCCUGGUCCUGUGCCAUUCCUUUUUAUCUUUCAUGUUUGCGUGCCUGUUUGCUUGCUGGCUUGCUUGUAAAUGUAUGCAACGACAGGGUGUGCUGUUGUCGGUUGGAGGAGAGGGUACAGAGAGGGCAGAUGGGUCUCCACGCAAGCGAUCCCCACGUCAAAGCCUGGUGAAAAUUGAAAGCACAACUGACGAGCUCCGCGAAUGGCGGGAAUAUGCCCUGCAGAGGAGCCCCUAA